AUGUCUACACCUGCCCCAUACCUUGAUCCGCUGAACCAGGCUUUCGCCGACCAGCUAGCUAAUCAGCCACCUCUCCAAGACUUGAGUGUCGAACAAGUCCGAAAGCUCCUAGAUGACCUCCAAAAGCACACGCCCAACCCUAAUGUCACUCGUACCAGCUUUACAGUGCCGUUCGAAAAUGGAGUAAAGACAUACGUCUUCCGUCCCAAAGGCGCCAAGGGAAUUCUUCCGGUGAUAUUCUUCUUCCAUGGAGGAGGUUGGACGAGUGGCAACACAUGUCGAGACCUGGCGUUGCAGACUGGCUGUGCUGUCGUUUUUCCAGAGUACACUCUCGCCCCCGAAGCCAGAUACCCAACGCAACAGGAGGAGUGCUAUGCUGUUGUGAAAUGGGUACAUAAACAUGGAGAGAGUAAACUGCUGUCACAGAGCGUGUUCAGUAUUGUCGGUGAUAGCGCUGGAGGCCAAUUGACGGGCGCAGUCAGCAUACUGUGCUCGACACGAAAGCCGUACAUUCCCAUUCGCUACCAAGUCAUGAUCAGCCCAGUCACAGAUACCAUCACGAGUGACCGGGACACCAAGAGCGAGUUCGAUUUCUUCAACGGCCCAUUCCUCACUGUACCAUUCAUGCGCAAGAGCGUUGAGGACUACAUCCCCAACGCUGACGAUCGCGUCAAUGAACUUGCGACUCUUCGCAACAUUUCUGUGGCGCAUGCCAAGAAACAGCCGCCAACUCUCAUUAUCAACUCGGCAGCAGACCCGCUCCGGGAUGACGGCAUCUUGUACGGCGAGAUACUCCAGCGCGCUGGUGUUGAUUGUACAAUUAUUACAGGGCAUGGCCAGCUACAUGAUAGCUUGAUCUUUGAGGCGUUGCGAGGGAGUGCCACGCCGAAAGCCAUGGUUAGGCUGAUGGCUACACAGAUUAAGAACGCGUCGGAGAAUGUCGGGGUGGAGGUGACUGAAAUCGAGACAGAGGAGGAGCCUUCGAGGAAGAGGCGAAGAAGACACUGA